CCAAAAACAGUGUCAAUUGCUUCUUCGGUUGGUCUCUUUUCUCUUUUGUUUUUGUAAUAAAAACUUGAAAAUAAAAAGAGAAGAAAGAGAAAAAGGGAGAACAGGUGCCAUACUCAAAUGAAGAAGCAGAAUAUGUGCUUUUGAUAAUACAUUAAAAAAUUGUAUCAAAAUUUCUAUGGAGAAGAGAGACGAUCAUCAUCAGCAAAUGAUGAAGACUGACAUUUCCAUGGCAAAUUCCACCACAUUCAUCACGGAGGAGAUGUCCAUCAGUAGUUUUGCUUUUUCUUCAUCACCUUCUACAACUCCUACAACAUCAACAAGCAUCUUUGACAUGAUGAUGAUGCCAUGUGAUAUUUCUGAUAAAGCCUCUUUAGGCUUCGUGGACUUGCUUGAUGGGAACCAAGAUUUUGGUUCCUCUUCAUUAUUCGAUUGGUUUCAGGUUCAGCCUCCCCCGAUUCUUCCCCAGCAACCUUUACCUUCACCGGCAUCUACUGUUCCUGAAUCAUCUGAGGUCUUGAACACUCCGGCCACUCCUAACUCCUCCUCGAUCUCUUCUUCCUCCAAUGAAGCAGGAAAUGAUUCACAAGCUAAGGCUGGAGAUGAGGAAGAGCAGGAUCAAGAAAAGAACAAGAAACAGUUGAAACCCAAAAAGAAGAACCAAAAAAGGCAAAGAGAGCCAAGAUUUGCCUUCAUGACAAAGAGCGAAGUUGAUCACCUAGAUGAUGGGUAUAGAUGGAGGAAGUACGGCCAAAAAGCAGUGAAAAACAGCCCUUAUCCAAGGAGCUAUUAUCGUUGCACUAGCGCAGGAUGUGGGGUUAAGAAGAGAGUAGAGCGAUCAUCUGAAGAUCCCACCAUAGUUGUUACAACCUAUGAAGGGCAACACACCCAUCCAAGCCCCAUAACCCCUAGGGGAAGUAUCGGACUUUUGCCAGAUUCAGGUGGUUUCGGUGCUGCAACUUCUUCUUUUGCCGUUCCACAACCUCAGUACCAGCAACAACAACAUGCCUAUAUGUAUGGCCCAUCACCGUCUCUGCACAUUAGCACUACUAGUAGUUUGAAUCCCCCAUUUUCUCCAAGUUUUCUUCAAGAGAGACGGUUAAGUCCUUCAUCAGCUUCUUUGUUUAGAGACCAUGGGCUUCUUCAGGACAUCGUGCCCUCCCAGAUGAGAAAGGAUACUAAAGAGGAGUAGAAGGAUUUGCAUAUUAGUUUGCUGGUAUGUAAUUCUCUGACUGAUGGGGUUCUGUCUCUGUAGAAAGUUAAUCCCGCUUCAUCGAUCACCCAUUAAUUUCAAUGACACAGAACCUUAUCGUUGGGAAAUGAUGAUGACUAGGCUUUUUAGCAGCAUAUGCAGGGACUAGCUAGUUUUCCCUUUUUUCUUGUGUUAUUCUUUUGUAUCCAGAGACUAUCCGGUUAUGGAGAUAACUGAAUUUUGUAUCA